AUGCGCGUUGCUCUCGUCUUUGGAUUCCUGGCUGCGGCUACUAGCUCUGUGUUGGCCGCCCCCGACGCCGCCAGCAGAUGCACGCAGUUCCAGUCGCCCGCCAACUUCGUGGUGCAGGCUCUGUGCGAGACCAAGGCCGGUAAUACGCUGGUCACGACUACGCUGAACAUGAACAAGUGCCUCGAGAACAAGGACGGCAAGCUCAAGAAGAAGAAGAACGGCAACCUGGGCGGCGAAUGCGGUGCCUGCACCGUGUCCGAUUCUCCCGGCAGGAUGGAGUGCGCGUGCCCCAACAAGAUCGGCAAGAACCAGGUGUCGUCGAUCCUGCUCAAUACCUUCCUCGACGUCGACAACCAGGGCCGUCUUAAGUGCUCAGGCGGCACGGGCGACAUCCUGCCGGGGUACUGGGACUUCCCGAGCGGCGACGACAUCCCCGCGGACCUGCUGCUGCCGUUCAACGACUUCAUCGCCAAGUACGACCUGCAGGCCAUAGCACCCAUCCUCACCGGAGUGUCGGGCCAGAGCAUCACUAUGCCGGACCCGACGCUGUUCGUGAUCGAGAACUUCGGCACGCCCGUCGUCGAGGGCUCCUCGAGCAGACGCUAUUCGACCCGGUGCCGUUCAACAAUAGCCUGCUGUACGCAGCUGCCGGCGAUCUGCUUGGCGCCGACGACUUACGAAUAG